UUAAUAGUUAACACUCAGUUUCGAGUUACUUUCUACAUCCGGUUUUGGCACGCUCUCUUGCCUGGACCUGCCACCAUGACACUUGGAGUCGAGAUCGAUACAGGCUACGUGCACACAGGCGAAAAGGUGCAGUUUUAGCCGGACACCAUGUUGCUAAAAGUGAAAUACUUCAGUGUAAAGAAGUACAUCAAAUUGCAUUCAGGCUUCACCUUUUUGGAAUUAAUCACUGAAGUCAAAAGUAAGUUUGGGCUUUCUAAUGCUGCUCAACUUGAGAUUUUCGAUGAAACUGACACAGCUGUUGACGAAGACAUUCUUCUUGAGUUAUUGGAGGCUCAUCCAGAUCUAUGCCUGACAGUACGUGAAAGGAUUUCAGAUGAAGCUCAUUCAACCCCAUCUUCCCCGGAUACACACUCUUCCCUCACGGACACCAUGUCACUUUCUUCAAGUGACAGUGACCUAAGGGAUGAGGGUAUUCCCACAGGCCGGAGUAGAUCCAGCAAAGAAGACAUGGGUAGUUCUACAGGAAAAGUUUCUGUGUCAGAGGCUGCAAAAGAGAUGGUUGAAAAUGCCUUGCUUAGGAAGCCUGGAGGAGAGGAUAUUCUUGAAGAGUACAAGUCAGAAAAUUCACUGAGCCACCGCACCCGGAGACAGCUUGUCAACAUACUGGCAAGUGAUAUGACCGAGAGACAUGGCAGGAUUCCCAGCCGUCAGCAGAGGGAGAAGUAUGCCCUGGGAAUUAUUACGCUCUUUCCUUCACUGAAGGAUCCCUUUUCUCCAAAAGGCUAUGAGCAUUUCUACGAUGGGGAGAAAUGCAGUGGAUAUUUAGCGUGGAGCCUCAAGACCAUGUCUAGGACUACAGUUAAACGGCCAGCCAAGGAAGCCUCAGUGCCUCAAGAACAAGGGCCAAAGCGCAGAAGAUCAGCAAGCACACUGCCUCAGCAGCUUGAUGGAGAUGCCUGCAGGGAGGCUAUUUCAUUUCUUGUUCACACUCCUGAUGAAGCAAGUGUACUUCAGAAGAUGAAGAUGACGUUCCAACAUCGCCAAGACUUAGUGCAUGACCCACAAAGAACUGCAGAUGUCUUCAAAACAUUUCCACGCUUUUUGGAUGUCAAAGGACUAAUAAAUCAGGACUUCUUGCUGCUCUUUGGUGCUGAAACAAGCUCCAAGUUGCUUGAGAAGUGGGACACCUCAUUGAAGCCCAAGGUCAUCAAAGAGGCCAAACACCUGACUCCGUCAACUGUUGUGUGUCGCCUGCUAAAAGCUGCUGAGAAACUCGCAGAGAAUGAAGAAAAUGACUGGGACAGUGACAUGGCCUCUCUGCUGCUGCUUCUUCAUCUUCUGCCACCCACAGCUGGACGGAAGAGGAGGAUCAAGAUAAGUCCAAGUGAUGCAGAGCACAAAAUGGUGCACUUUCACAAGUCAGGCUGCAGCAUUGAUGAGCACCUGCAAGGAUUAGAGGGAAAACAACCAUACAUCCUCGCUGUUGGUCGAGUCCAGAACAGGAUUGACACCUUCUACAUCGCAGUCGACAAGCAGCUCAUCCCCUGCCAAGCCACAUGCUCAUUGAGUGCUUUGGAUGAACUUUUCAAAUCCCACUACGUGUUCAACCUGUCUUAUGAUGAGUCCCUGGUUCAUCUCUACACUUUUGUGCAGACCACUAUAUUCAACAUUGAUGUAACCUCCACAGAUGAGUCACCGCGUGUUCGUGAGUUACGUGCCAAAAUCUUGAAUGAGAAUUGACCAUGUUUAAAUGUUUCAUCUGUCAAUCUUUGCAUUUCACCAGUCAGGCUUUGAUAGGUCAUUUGUGA